UCGCAGCCUCCCCUUCCAUAGCCCCUACCCCUCUGUCACAUCCUCCCCUUCCAUAGCCCCUACCCCUCUAUCACAUCCUCCCCUUCCAUAGCCCCUUGUUAUCCAUGCAUUCCUUCCCUGAUAUGACUGUGGUGUGUAAUCAGUGCAUGCCAUCUAAAGACCAAUUGAAAUACUUCAAUUGAAGUUUUGAGUCUUUUUAUAUCCAGCAGUCCAAUUGUGUAACUCUGAAUAGAAAUACAACUUGUAUAAAGAAAACCCUGUCUUACUACUUAUUGUCAGUCAGUCGAGCUUGUGUGAUUGUAGUAUUGUGUUACAUGUUAUGGUGGUUUGGGUUCUAAAAUACAGAUAGAUUAUAUAUAACUUGAAAAUCCUCAAUGUAUGUUUAAUUAUAUAAGUGACGUGUCAGAAAGAUAUGUCACAUGACAAAUACACAAAUAACUAUUGGUUGUCUUAAGAUCUUACGUCACUGGAAAGUCCACCAUAUCUCCAUAGCACCAGUGUUUACAGCACUAACACAAGAACUUGUUGGAUGAGAUACCUAUGUCUACCUGUGUAUAAAGAGAUUCGCUACUGGACAUUUGUCUUAAAUAGAAUUGUUGACUAAUUUUGCUACUUGUGUGUGCAUAAUUGACAUUUUGGAGUUCGUCUGCCUUAAAUGGUCAGCAACUAGACUUCAACUACCUGUACUCUAAAAAGAAUCUAUUUGAGCAGUUGACUUGUUUUAGUACCACUGUCACUACAUCGCUGUAAACCAACUUUAGAAUAUGGCUGCCAAGUACCAGUCGACCAAGGAAACUGUUAACUUUGCCCGAAUUUGUAGACUGAUGAUUGAUGUCGUCCCAGAUGUCUUCAGAGAAUUACUCCACUCUCGUCUGCCACCCUCAGGACUUGGCCCUGUUCUUGGGAACCAGAAGGGACAGAUCUUCUCUUUGUUGAAGAACCCGCAGAAGAAGAUCCUGUUCCCCCAAGGUGGAGUGUUUGCAGGGUCAUUGCAAGAUUUAGAUACAUCUCUUAUCUAUAUCCUGCUUAGGAACCUUGGAAACAUUCCACCUCACAAGAACGGUUGGGGGAGAGUUCCAGAUUUGGCAGACAGAUCGCUUUCGGCCAACAUUGACCGUCUGCGAGUUCAGCGUAAUGAAGCUUACGCACAUGCAAACACUGCCUCCAUUUCUGAUGGAGAUUUCAAAAUCAGAUGGGCCGACAUCAGGAAAAGUGUGGAAGACAUAGAGAAUACUGUAUUGACAAGUAUGGCAUUUGUAGCAAAGGUGGACAGCAUACUGUCCAUGAGGAUUGACCCACAGACAGAGCAAAAUUUUAUUGUUCUUGUGCAAGAACUUGAAGGGGAAAUCGGUGACAUCAAAGUCCAACAGGACACGAUGAAGACAGAUGUGGAGGAUGUAAAGGGGGAAAUCGGUGACAUCAAAGUCCAACAGGACACGAUGAAGACAGAUGUGGAGGGUGUAAAGGGGGCAGUCAGCGAUGUCACAGCCCUACAUAACACGACCGCAAGAGAUGUGGAUGAAAUAAAAGGGGCAGUCAGUGAUGUCACAUCCCUACAUAACACGACCGCAAGAGAUGUGGAUGAAAUAAAAGGUAUGAUAUAAUUGAAAAAAUAAAGG